AUGAAGUUUGUCCUACGGAUGAUCUUCUUGGCUUUAGUAGUACUAGUUACUAGCUCUGCUGGUUGGUGGUGGGGCAAAAAAAGUUACAAAUGCAAUGAUCCUUCUAGAGGAGAGCCUUACUAUUUUGGAACAACAAAACUAUUCUGCAUGACAAAGAAAGGAAAGCGAGAUGCACCAUCGCGAGGCACUAAAGUUCUUAGUCAUCGAUGGAUCCAAUACAAGGGAUACUAUUUUGAAAGAAUAAACAGCGGCGAUAUCUAUACUUAUGGAUCAUCAAUAGAAUCUGACAAGUGCUCAACCCAGCGUGAAAGUAAACCAGCUGGAUACAGUUCCCUUAGUGUUGACUGUAUAAAACGCUGCACAAAUAAAUAUCAAAGAAAAUACGGAUCAUAUGGAUGGUGGGGAAAUAACUGCCAUCAUUAUGCAAAUCGUAUCUCCGAAAUUCUAUGUACCAAAACAACUUGUCCCUCAUGGUGUGAAUACUAAAUCCGCCUCAUAUUUACCUACAUUAUAUAUCUGCUUAUUCUUGACGAAAGAAGGAGCAUUUAAUCUACUGACAUA